UAACAACCGGCGUCCGUGGUUGGUGAGAUUCAAGAAAUAAAUAAAUCCCCAACAAAUUCUUCAACUCCAAAACCAAAAAGAUUCCAAGCACCAUUAAUGGAAUCCAAUACGAUCCACAUUUCUGCAUUUUGAUUCUUCAACGUCGGCUUCUCUCCAGCGAUUAGAAUCGUUGCUUUGAGUUGAUUCGAUUCUAGGGCCUUCCUCCUCAUCCUCUCUUCUCCGUGUCUCCGAUCUACUCUCUGCUCGUCUCGAACGAACAGAUAAAUUUGAUGGAAGGGUUGAUCAGUUCACGAAUAAUUCCUAUUCGUGCUUAUGGUAAUCAGGGAAACACCCCCCUCUUUCCGACACAAACAUCAAGCAGAAGAAGAGUCUUCUAUGGUCCAAUCAGGAUGAUGGGACCUUCCACAUCAUCCAACUCAAAAGCUGGUUCUGUUAAGCCAUUAACAGCUUCCUCAUCAGGUCGAUUGGACAAUACAUUACCUUCCAAAGAGGUUCUUGAUAUAUGGCAAAAAGCUGAUGCUGUAUGCUUUGAUGUGGAUAGCACCGUGUGUGUGGAUGAGGGCAUUGAUGAACUUGCUGAAUUUUGUGGAGCUGGGAAAGCUGUUGCUGAAUGGACUGCUAGAGCAAUGGGUGGUUCAGUGCCUUUUGAGGAGGCAUUAGCCGCCAGACUCUCUCUUUUCAAACCUUCGUUAUCACAGGUCCAGGACUUUCUUGAGAAGAGGCCCCCAAGACUUUCUCCUGGGAUAAAGGAAUUGGUCCAGAAGCUCAAGGAAAGUGGUAAAACUGUAUAUCUGAUCUCUGGAGGCUUUCGUCAAAUGAUCAAUCCUGUUGCAUCAAUCCUUGGGGUACCAACUGAAAAUAUAUUUGCUAAUCAACUGCUAUUCAAGACUUCCGGCGAGUUUUCGGGAUUUGAUGCAAACGAGCCAACUUCAAGAAGCGGAGGAAAACCAUUUGCAGUUGAACUACUAAGAAAGGCUCAUGGAUACAAGAUGGUAGUAAUGAUUGGUGAUGGUGCCACUGAUCUUGAGGCUCAGAAACCUGGGUGCGCCGACCUAUUUAUCUGCUACGGUGGGGUCCAACUUCGCGAGGCAGUCUCUGCAAAAGCUGGUUGGCUAGUGUUUAACUUCAAAGACCUGAUUAACUCUUUGGAAUAGCAAGUGAGCACUUUCUCUAAUACAGCAUAAUAUUGCAAUUAUUUGAAAACCAUAAUUAUUUUUGUGGACAUGAAUUAAAAUUAUAUUUUGCCCAAGAUGAUCAAUAGAAAAAGGGUGUUAAGGUUUUGAUGUCUAUUCA